CCCCCCCCGCACACCUCCGCCUUUCACCAUGUCCAACAACAAGGUCAACUUCUUCGAGAAGGGCCCCCAGAACUUCACCCCCACCAACCUUCUCACCGGCACUGUGACCGGUCUCAUCUGCGGCGGUAUCAUCGGUGUCAUCUCCAACCGCACCGCUGGCCUGCCCUUCCUCCACAAGCCCGGUCGUCUCGCCGCCACUGCCAUCGGUAUCGGUUACUUCGGUUACCUGUGGGCCACCGCCGAGCACCACUACUACGGCAAGUACCUCGAGAAGAUGGCUGGUCUCGAGUCUCGCGCCCAGGCCCUGUCUCAGGACGAGGAGUAAGAGCACCCUCCAUCCCUUCCUCCUCCUCCCCUCCCAUCGGCUCCUGCCCUGUUCCUCCCGCCACGGGCUGCCCCGCCUUUCUUGCUAGACCCCCUGGCUCCGGCUCCCUGUGCACGCGUGUUCGCGUGUACGCGUGUACGCUCAGCCGGGGCCCGUGCCACCUUCCCCUGUACCCUUCACAAUAACGAAUCCAUGUUUCCCCCGCCAAGUCCCGGCUGGCUGAAGCGCCAAGGCGCCAACUGUGCCCCCC